CGGAUAUUCGGAGUAAAGUCUAUAGUAGCCGGCGGUUCCAUAACAUCAAGAUAGGCGCUCCCAGGUUGAAAAUUACCGUGAAACUUAAAGAUUAGCCCAAAACUGUUGGAAUCAUGGCCGCGUUAGAUCCCACUUUCGUUAACAUAAAUGACAAUGACGAAAAUAAAGAAGUGAAUGAAUGGAUUCGUUUUGGAAUGCGACUAGCAGUAAGCGCUGCACUACACCCAUUUGAAUAUUCAAAGGUGCUUAUCCAGCUGGGCUAUGAACCCAUACCGGCACGUCCUGGCACAUCCCUCUUGGGAAAACCAAUUAUGGUGCUGCCCAAUAUCUUUCAAUACGCUGGUUACAUCAGGAAAAUGGAUGGUUUCUAUGGCUGUUAUCGUGGUCUUGCGCCCAAAUUAGUAGGUUCUAUUGUUAGCAUGAUUUUUAGUGAAAAAAUUGCUGAUAGGGUCGGUCUGCCAGCAAUCGAUGAUAAGGAUAAGGACGACAAUGACCUCACCGAUGAAGAACUUUAUGUACAAUUUAAAGUGAAUCUAAAGCGCGAUGUUGUGCUGAGCGUAUCAGGGAUAAUUGUCUCACAUCCAUUUCAUGUGAUUUCACUGCGUAUGAUGGCACAAUUUAUUGGACGAGAAACUCUUUAUCAAUCAAUAUUUGGUUCCAUCAAAGAAAUUUAUAAAACUGAAGGUGUUCUAGGGUUUUUCUCUGGUUUAGUUCCCAAACUGCUUUGUGAUGUAGUCUGUUUAGUGCUCACAAGCACCACAGUGUUCGUGCUAAACAAAUAUGUUAUCAAAGACAAAAUUGGAAGGCAGUAUAAUGCAGGCUUUGUACAAUUUGCAUUCUCAAGCAUUUUGUAUCCGUUCCAAGUGGUUUCUUCAUGCAUGGCUGUGACAGGCUCACGUUUAAUGGCUGGCCGCCCGCCAGUGAUGCCUGAAUACAAAAACUGGGUUGAUUGUUGGAAUGACCUACAAGCGCGUGGCGAGCUCAAGCGCGGCACAUCAUUGUUUUGGCGUUCUGUUGGUGGCUCAUCAAAAAUUGUUAGUGCAGGAAGACGUGCAGAUUUUGCGCCUCUCCCAACGAUUGCAAAAUACCAAUAAGCCAAAUCAAUGCAGUAUUUACGCACUGAACAACGAUGCAUUUUGAAAUAUAUAUCUAUUUCACUAUUGACUAUCAACACAAUUACAUGAUUACCACAUACCCAACUGCAUUUUGGUAACUAUUUUUCUUUUUUUUUUUUGGUUCUGAGGAGCUGUGGAAAAUCACAAGCAGGUUGGGCGGUAGAAUGUUGCGGCCAAUUAUUGUCUUUAUUAUUCAUAACUUAAAUUAAUGUGAACUGUCUAUAGCUUUUAACUGUGGAUUGUAAAUUAAAUUGAAUGAACUUAGUUUGAUAAUCUUUCAAUAUUUGUGAUUUUCUGUUUGCAACUGAGCGAAAAGCAAAGAGAUAAGCCAAUUCAAAGGUAUACCGCCUCAGUUUGAACUGAAAUAAAAUUGCUUCUGUUUUGUUUUUAAUA